AUGAGCUCUGCGUUCACUCCCGCGCAGCGGCAGCGCGCCACAGCGUUGUAUCGCUCACUUUUACGUACUACGCGCCAGGUAUUCCGCGAUGAUGCUCGUGCCAUUGCCGCAGCACGCGAUGAAACGCGUCGUCGUUUUGCCGAAGCGAAGCAUGAAAAAGACGCUACGAAGAUUGACGAAGGUCUCGAAAUGGGUGAGCAGGUGACGCAUAUGCUCAAGCACAAUGUCGUGCAGGGUGUAGCAAAUCCUGAAGAUGAGCGAACGUACAAACUUCGUUUUACAGAGCACACUGAGCUUGGCUCGAACGAUACCAUUAAGCAGGCCCGUCCUGCGCCUUCGCUAUCUGAGAUUCAGCGGACUAAGGGUAAAAAUAAGCAGAUCCGUGCGUUUUCAACAGGUCGGAGUACGAUGGCUGCACCCAAGGAGGAUGAAGUGCCUUUGCCUCGGCCCGUCCCACGCUUCCCUAGUAUUGUGAUUUUGGCAGAUGGCUCGUCUGUGCGACUUACUACUACGUCGCCACGGUACUUGAGCCGCAUGGCCCGUGACUAUACCAACCAUCCACUGUGGAAUCCUGCGAUGGACCGCCGCAGUGAUGCCGCUGCGGAUGACGAUACUGGCCGUCUUGGUCGUUUCCGCCGUCGCUUUGCCGAGGAGCAAGCGGCAGCGAGUGCGCAAGCCGCUGUCUCGUUUGAUGAAGAUGAUCUGAGCUGGAUGAGUGGUGGCCGUGAGGCCCGCCCUGGUGCGCCUGUGCAGGCGAAGAAGGGCAAGGGCAAAGGUCGUAAGUAG